CUUUCGAUGGCUCGACAGUCGACCGACAACAGAUUACAGGUCAUGAUGAUGUACUACAAGAGUAGUGUCGAGGUCAGAUAAACGCUCAUCAAGGACAGAGAGUGAAGAGAUGGAGUCGUCUGAUCCUCUGGCUCGGAGGGCGAGUAGAUAUCUGGUAGGAGUCGGGUUACUUCUUGGGGUGGUCAUUUUAUGGACAGGAUCAAAUUUCAUCACUUCAAGAUUGGAAACGGGUCGUGAUAGUUGGAACAAACCGUUUUUAAUAACAUAUCUAAACACAUCUGCAUUCACCUUUUAUCUCAUCCCAACUUGGUGGCGCUAUCGUCGUACCCGUUCAUCUCAAUAUCAACCUCUAUCCCAAACCGACAUUCCUUCAUCUAGAACUGUAUCUCUCACAAGAUCAAGUUAUGAACGUAUACGAACCUCCGAUGAGAUCUCUAGACGAUCUACAUCUCUCACUCGGGGAAUACCUACCAGUCCUCGAGUCCCUUUGCAUGAGAUCUCAUCUUUACACGAAACGGCGCAAUUCGAGGAUAAGCUCAGUGUGAAGGAGACAGCAAAAGUUGCAGCUUGGUGGAGUGCUGUAUGGUUCAUUGCUAAUCUAGCUGUGAAUGCUAGUUUGGCAUGGACGAGCGUAGCUAGCGUUACUAUAUUGAGCAGCACCAGUGGCUUCUUCACCCUCGCCCUGGGCGCUUUAUGCCGGGUCGAAGUUCUCAACAAUAUCAAGUUCUCCGCCGUUCUCAUGAGCUUUGUGGGCGUCGUCCUCGUCACCAGAGCCGACUCGUCCUCACAUAACGCAGCUGACGUGGAUGUCCCCGCACAUCCCGUCUUGGGUGAUUUAGCAGCACUUCUUUCCGCAAGCUUCUACGCAGUCUACGUGGUACUGCUCAAAGUUCGAGUGGGAAACGAAGACCGGGCGGACAUGCAAAUGUUACUAGGAUUCGCUGGUUUGUUCAACACUCUCCUACUGAUUCCCAUCUUUCCCAUAUUGCAUGUAUCGGGGUGGGAGACAUUUGAGCUUCCUCCCAGUAGAGAAGCAUGGACCAUCUGCGCCAUCAAUAUGGGGAUCACUUUAUCAAGUGAUUACAUCUAUGUCCUCGCGAUGCUCAAAACUACACCCAUGGUAGCUACCGUCGGUCUCUCUCUUACCAUCCCCAUGGCCCUUGUGGGAUCAUUGGUGCUCUACGGUCCAACUUACCAUAUCCCAUUGAUGGUCUUCAUGGGUGCGUUGCUCGUCCUGGCCGGAUUCGGUCAGCUGGGUUAUGAAGGGUGGGCUGAGGCGAAACGCCAAGCACUGAGCAACUUGGCGGAUGAAGACGGAGAAAUUGAAGCUGAAGCUUUGUGAGUCGGAUGGGUUAGAGCCAAGAAGAGGUGCAUCCGUACGGAAGUGGAAGGCGAGUCUAUGGAAGACAACCAUGCUUAGUACAGUCGCAAGGGAUUGUGAAUGCAUAUCGUCAUCUAUAAGC